UUUGCGCCGGCCCCUCUUUGUGACGAGCUAGGGUUUGGAGGCGCGCAAGUAAGUAGGCGCUCUCUCGCCUCUGGAAUUCCGGCAGAUCUAGAUCGAGGCGGCGCGUGGUCGAUCGCCAUGCUCGUGUACCAGGAUUUGCUGUCUGGCGACGAGCUCCUGUCGGAUUCCUUCCCCUACAAGGAGAUCCAGAAUGGCGUGCUGUGGGAGGUCGAGGGCAAAUGGGUCGUGACGGGAUGUGUGGACGUGGACAUCGGCGCCAAUCCAUCGCAGGAGGGCGGCGAGGAUGACGAAGGCGUGGACGAUCAGGCAGCGAAAGUGGUGGACAUUGUCGACACCUUUCGCCUCCAGGAGCAGCCAGCCUUCGACAAGAAGACGUUCCUCGGCUGCAUGAAGAAGUUCAUCAAGAACCUCACGGAGAUCCUCCCCGAGGAGGAGAAGGCCGAGUUCAAGAAGAAUGUGGAGGCCGCCGUCAAGUGGAUCCUCUCCAAGCUCAAUGACUUCCAGUUCUUCGUCGGCGAGAGCAUGAAGGACGAUGCCACGUACGUCUUGGCAUACUACAAGGAAGGCAGGUCGGAUCCCACCUUCAUCUACUUCAAGCACGCGCUCAAGGAAGUCAAGUGCUGAGUCGCGAGUGUUCUUCGAUCAAUCAGUGGUUCGCAAGGGAGGUUUUCUAGUAUGGUUUUGUAUGCUACUGGUGAUAUCUUAAUUCGUACUCUAUGAUGGAUCAAAUUUUUUCUCCUCUUAUAACCAAAUCCUUUCAUCCUCGUUUAUUAAA